AUGGCUCGGCUGUUGGCUAUUUGGACUGCGGCGCUGUCUAUUUCUCACUGGGCAGCUGCGCAAACCAUCGUGAUCGAUGGUGUAUCAUAUGAUGCCACGGAAGCGAAUAUUGCUUCAGUCGCGAACCACUCUCCCGGCAAUUUCUUGCCGGAAGAGUCUCAGCAGUUGACAGAUCAAGCGCUCGCCAACCUAACAAGACUGAAUCUGACCGAUAUAUCCUACUUUCAUUUCGACGACUCCGACGCUGCUCAGAGCCAAAAAGCCACCCAAAGACGCAAUACCAUUCGCUGUAAAACCUUUCCUGGCGAUUUCUCUUGGCCUCAUGACAUUGCCUGGAAGGUGUUUGAUCUGCUUCUGGGCGGCGCAUUGAUCAGAACUGUGCCUAUAGCGUCGUCGUGCCACAACAAUUUUGGAAACUUUGAUCCUUCUCAGUGCCAGUCGAUCAACAGCCGAUGGAAUGAUUCAAUGCUACACGUAUCCGAUCCCACAUCUGUUAUGAGUCCCCUGUACCAGGGUCUGACUUGCUUACCAUCUGGCAACUACUCCGACGACUGUACGAUGGGCGGAUAUCCCGAGUACGUUAUCAAGGCAAGAAACGUCGCUCAAAUUCAACUCGCCGUCAACUUCGCUCGAACCACGAACAUGCGCCUUGUUGUUAAAAACACCGGUCAUGACUUUAACGGUCGGUCUCUCGGCGCAGGUGCUUUGUCGGUCUGGACAAACAGCUUGAAGGGACUCCAGUUCUACGAAGACUACAAGGGCAUAUCUUACAGUGGGCCUGCGAUGAAAGUCGGUGCUGGUAUCCUGAGCCACGAGCUUUACGAGGCUGCAGACAAAUAUGGCAUCAAUGUGGUUGGCGGAGAAGGCAAGACUGUCGGCUUUGCGGGCGGCUACCUUGCGGGUGGCGGUCAUUCUCCCCUCAGUCCGUUGUACGGCCUCGCUGCCGAUCAAGUCCUCAGCAUCGACGUAGUAACCCCCAACGGACGGUUUGUCACCGCAAACGAGAAGAACAACGCCGACUUAUUUUGGGCUCUCCGAGGCGGCGGUGGGGGCACCUUCGGCGUGGUCACCUCGUAUGUUGUCAAGGCUCACCCAAAACUUGCGGUCUACUCUGUCGCGAGCUUCGCCUUCGGUAUCGAUGGGGUAACAAUUACCUAUGAAGCUUUUUGGGAGGCGAUACGAGCAUAUUGGGAGAUGAUCCCCAACUUCAAUGCGCAGGGAAACUACCAGUACUGGUUUAUAUGGCCCGCUGGGCCAGGGAAGGCCACUUUCGUCAUGUCACCUUGGUUUGCACCGAACAUGACAGUUGCGCAGGCCACCAAGCUCACAGAACCGUUGUUUGCGAAAUGGAAGGCUCUGGGCAUUGAAGUUGACCCCAACUGGUCUGAACACUCCACGUUUCUCUCUGCAUGGUCGGCGGGUUUCCCAGUUGAACCAGCAGGUUCAUAUGGAAACAAAAUGGCAUCGCGUCUCUUUCCCAAGGAAAAUCUCGAAGAGCCUGCCCGUUUCAACGCCACAUUCGACGCUAUGAAAAGCGUCUCAGACCGUGGUGGAAGUCUGAUCGGAUUCGGUAUCACUGGUGGCCCGGGUCCGCAUCCCGACAACGCAGUCAACCCUGCCUGGAGGGACGCGGCGAUGUUUGUGAUAUCCUGGGUAACUUGGGAUGCUGAUACACCUGUUAAGCGUAUCGCGGAGUUGAGCAAGGAGUUGACGGAUGUUUGGAUGCAGCCAUGGCGCGACGUAGCCCCGAACUCUGGAGCAUAUGCCAGUGAGGGCGAUGUCAUUGAACCCAACUUCCAGCAAUCCUUUUACGGCGACAAGUACGAAAGACUCUACCAAACAAAGAAGAAGUUCGAUCCUUGGGGUGUAUUCUAUACCCAGAUCGGUGUUGGUAGUGAAGACUGGCAUGUGACCGACCAGAUUGACGGGUUGCCAACCCAGAACGGCCGCUUGUGUCGUGUUUAG